UACUUUUUAUGUAAUACGACACGUAUAUGUGUCAUCAAUGCUUCAGUCUAUGACAAAAAAAACUUGAACAUCACGUUUUCCCCAUUUAAAACGAAUUAGGCCAUGGCGGAACCAACAAUAGGGAGCACAUGGAGCACGUCGAGGGGAUUAAUUUGAGUCACCGGAAACGGAAGUUUGUUUUCACAACGCCAGAAGUUUGGUAACGCAUCAAAGGUUUUAUUUUUUAUCUUGGCUUGUCUUUGUCUAGCUACUGUGUCGUGUUUUGGUUGAAUUGAGCUCAAAUUUAUUGGAAAAAUAAACUAAAAUGACUAAAGAAAAGCGAGACAGAAGAAGGGAGUCUCCAGAACGGCAGCCCGAAGUGAAGAUAAAGCAGGAGAAACUGAGCCCGAGUAGCACUAGCAGGCCACACAGAUCACGCAGUCCACAGGGGAGACGAGCUAGCAGGUCACCUGCCAGGACAAGGGACAACUCACCUGGUCGAAGGGAGACUUCUCCAGCGAGAAGAAGCAGCAGAUCUCCCAGAAACAGAAGAAGCCGCAGCCCAAAUCGUGGCAGUGAUGUCAGAAUAAAGCGGGAGCGGGACGAGCGUUCAGCAAGCAGUGAUGAGCGAAGGCGGAGGAACGAGCAGCCAGAAGACAGGCGGAGCAGAUGGGAGACAGACCGGCCGAGGGACAGAGACCGCGGAGGAGAAAGACGCCACGAGAGAAACGCACUCGAGUCUCAGCAAGCUGAACGACGGCAACACAACGCAAGACGCAGGGAGAACCGCCAGAGGCGCGAAGAAAACCAAGAACACGAUUUCAGCCAAUCUGAAGAAGGGGACAACAGCUCGAGUGCUCCUCCUGCCGAGAAGGAAAAGCCCAAUUUUGAACUGUCUGGAGCGCUAACGGAGGACACCAACACGUUCCGCGGCGUGGUGAUCAAGUAUAACGAACCACCUGAGGCUCGCAUCCCGAAGCGCAGGUGGAGAUUGUAUCCCUUUAAGAACGAUGAGCCCCUCCCCGUCAUGUACGUCCACAGACAGAGUGCCUAUUUGUUGGGACGUCAAAGAAAAAUAGCUGAUAUUCCCAUUGACCACCCAUCAUGCUCCAAGCAGCAUGCAGUGUUCCAGUACAGACUGGUGCAGUACACGCGAGCGGACGGCACCACCGGCCGCAGAGUACGGCCUUACAUUAUUGACCUGGCUUCUGGGAACGGCACGUACCUGAACAACCAACGGAUUGAGCCCCAGCGGUACUACGAGCUCAAGGAGAAGGAUGUUCUCAAGUUUGGGUUCAGUAGCCGUGAAUACGUACUGCUGCACGAGUUCUCCGACACAAGCGAAGUCGAGGCCAAGCAGGAGGAGGAGGAGGAGGACGAAGAUGAAGGUGUUGAUGCUGAUGCGUGAUUCACAAACACUCAUUUAGUUUGAAGAAGAUCAAGAAUGUUAAGACUUUUUUCAGCAGGGAAAAUGAUAAUGAUAAUAAAAAGAAUAUGAUUGGCUAAUUUUGUAAAUGCCGUUGUGAAAGAAUUCUUGCUCAAACCUGCCAAAACUCUCAAAGUUGACCCUUAUUCUCAGGUUUGUGAGAUGCAUGACGCAGCUUCUCACCGUCAGAUGGACACAUCCAAAGUUACAAAUAUAUUUUUGGAUCAAACCACAAAGUACAACAUUGUUUCUUGUCUACAGCCCCUCAUAACUUUAUGAUAGAGGAAUUUUAAUUCUUUUAUUUUUAGUCAACAUUAAAAAUUUUGCUUUUGUGAUGUAGUUCAGGGAAAAUGAUUGUGCUUUUUUUUUUUUAUUAUUUUAAGCGACAGUUAAGUGUAUCUUUUAAAAGUCACUCAGUUUCUGUCAGUUCAGAAUUUAUUUUUUAUUGUAAAUAUUAAAAUCAAGAUUAUUUGAACAGUU